AUGACUUGCCUACCAUUCGGUUUAGCUGCAGCACCAAGGAUGUUCGCAACCAUUACAAAUUGGACAGCCGAAGUGUUGCGCUCCAAGGGAAUGAGGCUGGUAGUUUACUUGGACGAUUACCUAAUCUGUCAUCAAAACCGGAAUUUGCUUCAGGUACAAACAAAGACUGCUAUAAGCUUUUUAUCCAGCCUGGGCUGGACCGUAAAUUUAGAGAAGUCGAUCGUAUCACCAACAAGGUCACUAGAUUACCUGGGCAUCAGCUGGGAUACACAGCACAAUACAAAAUCCCUGCCCCAGGAAAAGAUCGACAAAAUAUAUCGCUGCCUGACAACUCGUCUCGCUGCUGGCAAUUGGACCCUCAAGCAGGCGCAACGCCUCUUAGGGUGCCUCAAUUUUGCGACCUUCGUCACCCCACGGGGAAGGUUGCAUUGCCGUUCUAUGCAGCGCCAGAGCAAUUUGCUUCGGAAUACACCUCACAAGCAAUCUCUGUAUUCAGAAGAAGUGCGUUUGGAACUCCAAUGGUGGCUAGAAAAUGUGGCUCAAAAAAGCCCGAUACAUCAAGAGUGCCGUCAAUCGAACUACAUAAUAACCGAUGCUUCAGAUGUGAAAUGGGGGGCUAUAGUAAACGACAAAAAAUUACAAGGGAGGUGGAACACUCGUCAACGAUAUUGGCACUGCAAUCAGAAAGAAAUUUAUGCUGUAAUUGCCGCUAUAUCCGAAGAAGCGGUAACUCUCGCGAACUCCACAGUGAUUUUACAAUGCGACAACAGGACGGUAGUAUCGUAUAUCAGGAACGAAGGAGGAACAAAGUCACAUCAGCUACAAGUUCUGACCAAAGACUUAUUGUCUCUAGUAGACAAACUAAAUAUUGUACUCAUCCCUCAUCACAUUCCGGGAGUUUACAAUACCGAGGCCGAUCAUCUGUCGCGCAAUCGGAGCAACUCCGAGUGGCACCUUCUAGACGGGGCUACGUCAAAGAUUUUCAAACGCUGGGGAACACCAAGCAUCGACCUAUUUGCUUCAGAAAUAGCACACGUCGUAUCAAAUUACGUUACACUCGACUUAUUAGACUCAAACGCCUACUAUCACAACGCUUUCAGCAGAUGCUGGAACUACGACCUCGCCUGGGUGUUUCCUCCACCGGGACUAAUACCGCGAGUAUUGCAACACCUCAACACCGCUAUGGGUCACUUCAUACUGAUAACCCCCAAGUGGAAGAGACCAUUUUGGCGAACCGACGUCAAGCGUCGCGCUUUAACACGACCAAUCAAGAUUCGGGAUCUCCAAACAAGUCUGAUAGACACUGCAACAGGCCGAUCCCCGACUCACAUCAACAAUCUACGGUUGGAAGCCUGGUACAUUUUGGGUGGGAUGCAUUAA